AUGCCAAAAGCUGGAAAGGAGAAGCGCAAUGCGUACGAGGAAUCAACAAAGGUAAGGAAUUCCGAGGCGUGGGAAGAGAAAGGAGCAGCUGAAGCAGCUUUCCGAGCAAAACGAGCAGCUCCCCAAAAGCAAGUUCACACCCCACCAACGUCAAAUACAACAUCCUCGGAUGACGAAAGCCUGACGACGACGACGACAAACACCGUUGGGAAAGACACGGAGAUGCACAUGCAGCGGUACCAUAACAGCUCCACGGACGUGGAGAAAAACCAAGCUCUGUCCUACAUCAUGUAUCCUGCCGGGGACAAGCUACUUCUUGGCGGCACCGACCCUUUCAAGUCUGCCGACUGUGUACUCCGACGUAUCAUUCAAGCUGCCCACGCUAUAUUGAAGGAUAUGCAUACAUCAUCUACCAACAAGGAGAAGAAGACAGCCCGCGGUUCGAAGCGGCGGUUCCAGUCCAGGACCGAAGGAAGCGUGCUGCCUUCCUCUGCCCACAUCGACUCCAAAGUGGUUGCCCAGGGUGCUUCUUCCGAUGUGCCAAUCCACUCCAAACGCAGUUGA